AUGGACGACACGGCUGAUGAUCAUAACCCCGGCGGCGAAGCCAGCACAGCGACGCCCGCCCUGCCGCCAUCGGUCGAGGAGGCUUACCGGCGCAAGUGCAUCCAAUUGAAGCAGCGCACCGCCGAGGUAGAGGAGGCAAACGAGGCCUCGCGCAUACGCCUCUCGCGCCUGAGCCGCCAGGCCGAGAAGAUGCGAAUUGAGCGCGCCUUUCUGCUGGAACAGCUCGCCAAGCGCACCAGCACCAACGUUGAGGACUCUGACGGCAGCCCAAGCCCUCCACCGACGCCCAAGGAGAAACCCCUGAGGACGAAGCGAGGGCAUAGAAAGCUCUCCACCAUGCCCGGGACGGAAGCCGGCGCCGCCACACCCGGGUCGAGCUUCGCCAACCCACCUGAACCCGUCCGCGCCGGCAGCUCUCAGCUCCCAGCCUCCCCGACCAGCGACGCUUCCCCAGCGGCCAACGGCACGGGGGCCAAGAAGCCCAGCAGCGCGUUCGAUGUGUACUGCGCCGAGAUCCGACCGACGGUGGCGGAAAAGGAAAAGGACAAGGACAGUGUCGAGGAGGAGCUCGCGCGCCGCUGGAAGGACCUGUCCGACGCCGACAAGGAGCCGUACAAGACAAAGUACGAAAAGCUGCAGAAGGAGGCGGAGGAGAAGCAGCAGCAAAAGGACAAGAAGAGUGCGGCGGACAAGACAACCGCCGCCGCCGAGUCCGAAAAGGCUGCCGACGUCAAGGCCGAAAGUAGCCAACCGCCAGAGGACACGCCCGGACCGGCGGCCAAGACUGGUGCGGCCCAGGACGAGGAUGUAGAAAUGACAAACUACGACACUGAACCAGAGGCUACCCCGAGCGCUGCAGGCGGGGAUGCCAAAAACUGA